AUGAUUUUCUGUCCACUCCAGUUCCACUUCCUGGUGCUGGGUAUAGUGGGGGUCUUUGCCGUGACGGUGGUGGUGGUGACUGUUGUCUAUGUCAAGCUGAAGGUGGACAUCAUUCUAUUUCUCAGAGAUGAUCUGGGCUGGCGUCAACACAACGUCUCUGAUGGGAAGCGUUACGAUGCCUAUGUGUUGUGUUAUAAGAGUGACACAGAGUCAGGUGUCAGUGAGGAGGACAGGCGUCAGGUGGAGGAGGUGCUGGAAGAGGAGUAUGGUUACAGCCUGUGUCUCUACGACCGUGACGUGCUCCCUGGGGAGGCUGUGGCUGAGGCGGUGCUGGGGUGUAUAGAGCAGAGCCGGAGACUGAUCCUGGUGCCCAGCAGCCUGGGGCUGAACCCAGGGCAGGACAGUCAGUAUAGUCUGCUCACUGGGCUCCAUGCUGCACUGGUGGAACGGCAGACCUGGCUGGUCCUCGUCCAGACAGAGUCAGCCCCAGACAGCCAGGUGGAUCUGGACCUGGACUCCCUCUCUGAGGCCCUGCGGCUGCUGGCCCAGUCAGGACACACCGUCACCUGGAGGGGCUCCCACUCCAAACCCCUCUCCUCACCCUUCUGGAAGGAGCUGCGUUACCGUAUGCCUGCCAGGACCAGACAGUGCCCCCCGAAGGAUGAGAGGACCAUUCUGUGAUUAUAUAGGCUCCAGGGCAGGGUUUGGGUUCAGUCAGUUCACAAAGUAAACUGAAAUUCAAAUUCAAAUGAAAUAAUGGCAUCUAUUUUCAUUUUUUUUUUUUUUUUUACUUCAAAUUGACCCCAACCCUGCUCCGGGGUGAAAUAAAUGCAUCUAACUUGAUUAAUGUGCCAUUUUUACCUAUUUACCUAUAAGAGUUUUGCCUAUAAUAGUUUUCCUUACCCCAGCAACAGAAUGCUGUGGGCUUACCCCAGCAACAGAAUGCUGUGGGCUUACCCCAGCAACAGAAUGCUGUGGGCUUACCCCAGCAACAGAAUGCUGUGGGCUUACCCCAGCAACAGAAUGCUGUGGGCUUACCCCAGCAACAGAAUGCUGUGGGCGUAUACCGGUCAUUAAAAAUAUUAAUGCGACUAGACCGCUGAUUGGCCAGCUCGGCCAAUGAGCCAACAUUAUUACAUCAUGUUCUGUGAGGAAAUAGCAAGAAGUGUAUUUGAGAUAUAAGUUUUUUGGUGGGGUUUUUGUGUGUUUUUUGUUUUCUCAAAUGUAUACAUUGGCCACAAAUACGAGUAUAGGACAUUAUUUGGGUAUGAGUUAAUGGAAUAUGAACUGGACAGUUACUUUAAGACCCACUGCCAUCCAAAACUACCACGGCAUACUCUGCUUGUCCAGUGGACAGAAGACUUGUCUUUCUCGCUCUACCUGUUUCUCUCUGUUACCAGUCGGGGGCCAGACCCCCCCCCCCCCAAAAAAAA